AUGAAGAUCCACCCCGAAGCCCGUCCUCUGUUGCAGGGGGAGGCAGACGAGGAGCCCAUCUGGGCCAGGAGCGAGAAGUUCGCCGGUGCUGGCUUGGGAACCCCCAGUUUAGGAUUUGGAGUGUACCUGCUUGGGUCUGCAAUCGUUUCGAUAGCUGCAGUCGGGUCCAUCUUCGAGUUUGCAAACAAGAAGGACUUGUUCGGCUUGAUUCCCCCAGAGUCGCCCCUCUGGGCGCCCAUCCUCCUCUUUUUUGCGGUCACGGGCCUCCCCUCAGCAGGAUUCCUCUUCGUUAAAGCGGUGAAUGCGGCCAACAAGGAAUCAGAGAGGCUGGACAAGCUGGAUGGGCAGUAG